UCUGCUCAAAGAUAUAUAAAGAGCUAUGGCGCUUUUAUAAAACUGUUUGUAAAUACAUUUUCUGUCUUAUACACACAAUUUCAAAAGAAAAAGGUAUUUCUAGUUGUUACUUCUUUGUUGUACUAGCUAAACAAACAGUACGUGGUUUUGUCAUCUGGGUAAAGUGGAUCUAGAUACAGUCUGUACUCCGUGGCAUUUACAUGAAGAUGAGAGAAGGGACAUCUCUUCCUGUCAAAUUCUACAGGGUGUCAAACCCAACUAAGUAAGGCAAAGAAUGUUUGCUCCUGUGCUUCUGUACUACAUUUGAUCAACAACUCACGGGAAUAGCCACUCACCAACCAAAAUGGGCAGAAUGAAAUGACAUUCACUUUUUAUAGUGAUCAAUCUGGCUUUCUCUGUUCAAGGAUAUAUUGUCUGCCACAUUAGUAUGUUUGGCUAAACAUACUAUUUAUGAGGACUUGAUGCAUUGCAACAAGGGUGAACUGUCAAUCUUGGGGGAGGUUUAGCAGAAUUUGAAGAAAAUGAAGACGUCCCAGCCUUAGAUCUGAGGAAAGCGUGAUGCCCAGGCGAAGGUUAACUCUGCAGGGCCGGGCACGCUGGUUGCUCCUUGGUCUUUUCCUGCUACUGGUGCUGUUGCUGUUUGCCUACCUGCUUGAGUGCACCCCCCCAGCAGACGUCAGCCUGAUGCUGCCUGGCCUGGGUGCCGAGCCCUAUAGUAAGGAGUACUGCCAAGCCCUGCUGCAGGAGCAAGAGGAGCACCAUGUCAGCCGCACCACCAGCCUCAAGCGUCAGAUUGCCCAGCUCAAGCAGGAGCUCCAGGAGAUGAGUGAGAAGCUGAAGGUGCUGCAGGACAGGAAGGAGCUCCCUGGGAUACAGGGGCUGGCUGACAACAAGGACCAAGAGCCUGGAGACCUCCUGGAAUACCUCCAUUCUCAAAUUGACAAGGCAGAGGUGAACACGGGUGCGCGCUUGCCCAGUGAGUAUGCUCUUGUCCCCUUUGAGAGCUUCACCUCCACCAAGGUGUAUCAGCUGGAGAUGGGGCUGACGCGGCACCCAGAGGAGAAGCCUGUUCGUAAGGAUCGCAGAGAUGAGCUAGUUGAGGUCAUAGAAGCAGCUUUGGAUGUCAUUAACAACCCAGAUGAGGAGGAUGGCCAGGAGGAUGAAGCACCUAUGCAGAGGCAGACCUACACAGAGAACCACUUCACUGAGGGGCUAUACAGGACUGAACGGGACAAAGGCACGCUCUAUGAACUCUACUUUGCAAAAGAGGAUUCCAGCAGCUUCCGGCACGUCACUCUUUUCCGUCCAUUUGGUCCUUUGAUGAAGGUCAGGAGCACAUCUGUGGAGACAUCAGGGAUCAUAAUCAACAUCAUUGUGCCACUGGCAGGCAGAACAGAAACCUUCUCACAGUUCCUACACAACUUCAGGGAAGUUUGUAUCCAACAUGAUAGACAAGUGCAUUUGACCGUGGUUUACUUUGGACAGGAGGGCUUACAAGAGGUUAAGUCCUCUUUAGAAAAGAUGUCCAGGGAGGAGGACUUCUCUAACUACACCCUCAUCCCAGUGGACGAGGAGUUUUCCAGGGGCAGAGGUCUUGACAUUGGAGCCCAUGCCUGGAAGAAGGGAGAUGUGUUGAUGUUCUUCUGUGACGUGGAUAUCUACUUCACACUGGAGUUCCUCAACACUUGCCGUCUGAACUCUGCUCCAAACAAGAAAGUAUUUUAUCCAGUGGUUUUCAGUUUGUACAAUCCAGCCAUAGUUUAUGGAAAUUUGGAGCUAGCCCCCCCUAUUGAAAACCAGCUUAUUCAUAAGAAAGAUGCUGGUUUCUGGAGAGACUUUGGCUUUGGAAUGACAUGUCAAUACCGCUCAGAUUUCCUCAACAUUGGCGGUUUUGAUCUUGAAGUAAAGGGUUGGGGUGUGGAAGACGUCCACUUGUACAGGAAAUACCUGCGAAGCGACUUAAUUGUGAUGCGAACACCGGUGUCAGGUCUAUUCCACUUGUGGCACGAGAAGCAGUGUGCAGAUGAGUUGACACCAGAGCAGUACCGCAUGUGCAUUCAGUCCAAAGCCAUGAACGAGGCCUCGCACUCCCACCUGGGCAUGCUGGUGUUCCGAGAGGAGAUUGAGAAUCACCUCCGCAAGCAGGCCUUCAAGACUCAGAUCAAAGCAGAUGAAUGAACCGGUUUGUUUCCAACAUGGAUGUCUUUGUCCCUUUGUGCAACUUACAGUCCAGGCGCUGAUGUUUUAGAAGACAUCAGAAUGGCAGUACUAAAUAUGGUUAAUUAUGAAAAUGCACUAUAGAAGAAGCUGUUGACACAAAAACCUCCAGUUAUUUGUUAUAGUUUAGCUGAAGACACAGAUGAAUGUACUAAAAUGUACAGUUACAUUGAUAAAUGUGAAAAAUCUAAGUGAUAGACCUGAAUAGCACUACCUGCAUUAACAUCAAAAGACUAAACACCUUUAAAGUUUGGACUAAACUAUCAGGCGGUGGUCCAACCAAACUAAGGAUUGGGUCCCUGUAAACAAUAAAAUAAAAAAUGUUAGUUGUCCCAUGCCAGUCUCAAGCCAUAUGUUAUAUUAUUUUUUAUUCAUAGGAAACCUGGGUGAUUCCUACAGCUGGGUUAAACCAUUCAUGAUUGAGCCAUUAAAUGACAAUUGCGCUGUGGGAAAUCUGGUAUUAUUAACAUGUACAUAACUUUUCUGUGUACAUCAUUCUAAUGGUUUAUGUUUUUAUAAUACGAUACGUGUGCCUACUAGCUGGGUGUGGGGAUAUGAAAGUCAAGAUUAUACUCUAUACCUCUUUGAGGUUGAAGUCAUUGAUUAAAAUUUAUGACAAUACAGAGCAGCAUUCACAACUGAAAAUAGUACAUGUUGGUCCUGAUCAUGUCUGCUGAGAAAAACAUUGCUGGAAAGAGAUAUUUACACUUGCAAGAAUGUGACCUUAUCAGAUAGCUCUUUAUUUGUUUUAAAUGUCUUCAAAAACUGAAGCUGAACAUUAUUACAAAUGGAUAGGUUACGGUUGCAUUUUUUUUGUACACAAAUAUGCCAGUUUUGUUGCAUUUCUGUUCCUUGUUCUGUUAAACAUUGGCCUUCCACCUAUUUUACCCUGCUGCAUGGUUCUGUAGUCUAUAUUAUUUCUAGAAAGGUUUUUUUUAUUUUUUUUAAGGAUUCGGUUUUUAACUGAGCUCUACUCAACACCAAUACAAUAAAAAGACUUAACAACUGA